UUGUUUUUUCUGAAAAAAUGAAAAGAAGAAUCUUCAAGAACGGAAAAAUACUGACCAGGAAAGGAAAAGGAAAGGGAUUAGAAAAAAAAUAUCUGCGUGGGGAUAUUUUGCUUAAUUUCUUUUCAUCUCCAUGAAGAAAAUGGAAAUGGCCAAAUGCUGUGCUGAAUUACAUGUAUGCAAAAGGGCACAUCCGUCUUUAGGCACAUCACAAAUCACAAUUCACAAUUCAGAUAUAGAGAGAGAGAGAGAGAGAGACUUCAUUUGAGAUCAACCUAUUGCGUGAAGUCAUAAUCUCAUGCUCUGAUUUAUUCUGAUCAGAAAACUAAAAUUUUCAGCGAACCCUUAUCUUCUUCUACACUUCUCUGACACACCGCUUCUCCUUCUUCUUCCCUUUAUCCACUUUCUCUUUUCUCCCAUUGCUUAUUUAAUUCUUGAUCCCUUCUCUCUCUUCACCACUCUGCUUUCACUUUCCUUCUACGCCUCGAUUGUUGAUCAAAUUAAAUUUUGGAAAGUUGUGAUCUUGGAAUUGGUCUUCUUGUAGAGAUUGAGCUGCAGAAUUCCUCUUGAUUCUUCAACCACUUUUGAGGAAGAUCAGGUGUAUCUAUUCAGGUGCAUUUGAAAGGAUUCGAGAUGGCUUCAAUACAGGGCCCGGUAGUUUGUCCUGUGGUCAAUGCAAAACAAACUGGGGUAUACUCUGUACCCGUCGAUUCGUCUCUGCUAAAAUCUAAGUUGAGUGGAUUUUGGGGGCUGAAAGGGAUUAACAGCGGCGUGGCUAAUGUCAGUUAUCGACAGAAUUUGAGGAAUUGCAGACAAAUUCGGGGUAGUUUCAGUUCAUCAUCAGAUGGUAAUGGUAGCAUGGCAGAAAAUUUCAGUGAGAAUAAUGCAGAUUAUGUGAAUUCAAGUGUCGUUGAAGCUGUUGAGGUGAGAAGUGGCACAGACGGUUUCAUGAUCAAGAUGAGAGAUGGUGGGUAUUUGAGAUGUGCUCAUAAUAACCCUCAGGGAGGCCAUCUGCCCGACUAUGCUCCACAUCCUGCAAUUGUCUUGAAGAUGGAAGAUGGGACUGGGCUUCUUCUCCCAAUUAUUGUUUUGGAGAUGCCGAGUGUGCUCCUCAUGGCCGCUGUGCGUAAUGUACAAAUUGCUAGACCAACUAUGUAUCAAGUGGUGAAGGAAAUGGUUGACAAGAUGGGAUAUACAGUGAAACUUGUACGUGUCACCAAGAGGGUGCAGGAGGCGUACUUUGCCGAGUUACAUCUUGCAAAGUUGGAUAAUGAAGCUGAGACCUUAUGCUUUGAUCUCCGGCCCUCGGAUGCCAUUAACAUAGCGGUGAGAUGCAAGGUGCCAAUACAAGUCAACAAGUCGCUGGCAUAUAGUGAUGGCAUGAAGGUUAUUGAAGCUGAAAAGGUGACUGCACAGAGCUCCUCAUCAGAUGGCCCAUUUUUCACUCAACUGGAUAGACCCACGGGGCAGCCGUGCAUUCAGACUAAAGAAUUCAAUUUAGUGCGCAACAUGUUGAUCGCUGCUGUUGAAGAACGCUACAGGGAUGCAGCUUUGUGGAGAGACAAGCUGACACAGCUUCGGUCCAAGAGAAACUGGGCGUGAUAUGAUACGGUGAGCGUUGUAUUCUCUGCUUCGUGUCGUUACAAAGCCAUGCCAUAACAUGUAACAAUGGAUGGCAUUUGCUGGCUGCCUCUGGUUUCAGGUACUGCAGUGGGAUAGCUUUUGUAAAUAGAGAUGACUGGUCAGCCAAAUUUCUAAGUAAUCAACUGUAUUUGGCCGGCCAUUAAGUUUAUAGAAUUGCUGGUUUCGUGUAUAUAGAUGAACUUCAUUAUGUACUGCUGGAUUUCUGUAUGUUCAUACAUUUGACUCUCCCAGCUUAUCUUCAUUUUCUGUUUCUCUGGGAACAGAUUGUGUUGCUUC